GGAGCCACUACCCAGCUCACAGUCGCUGCGGCUUCCAGUGACAACACAGCUGAGGCUCUCACCACCUCCACUGCGAGCUACCUGCUGCCAGGGAGGCACCAUGGGCUUCUGGAAGCUCCCCACCUUCCUGGCUCUGAGCAUCCUGGUGCUGUACCAGGCUGGCCUCCUCCAGGCAGUGCCUAUCAGGGCUGCCUUGGAGAGCCCCCCAUACCUUGCCUCACUUCCUGAGGAGGAUCGCCGCCUCUUACUGAUUGAACUGGUGAAGGCCUACAUGCAGAUGAAGGCCGAUGAGAUGGAACUGGAGCAGGAGAGAGAGACUCGGGAAUCCAGUCUGGACGGCUCCAAAGCUAAGCGGUGCAGUAAUCUGAGUACCUGUGUGCUGGGCGCAUACACGCAGGACCUCAACAAGUAUCGCACGUUCCCUCAAACUGCAGUUGGGGUUGGAGCACCUGGCAAGAAGAGGGUCAUGGCUGGCGGCGUGGAGCGAGACCACGGCCCUCAUGUUGACAUGCCCCGGGACACCUAGU